AUGUCUUUGGACCGAGGUGACUCGGGUGGGCUACCACGACAGCAACAACAACCGCAACAGCAAGCGUUGUUGCUGCCACCAUCGCAAACGCAACAGCAGCAUCAGCGACCGCAGCUACAGCAGCGUCCUGAGUCUCAGCAGUCCGCUGCUGUUGUGGCGGCGUCUAGUGGGCCCCAAAAGUCUACGGAGGAGAGAAACAUGGUUCCUGAGAAAGAAAAUGCCAAAGAUUCGAAUGGGUUUUCUGCCAUAAGUUCGUCGUCUGUUGUGGCGAGUGAGGAUCCUCGUCAGGUGGGGAAGGAAUACAAGAAAUGGCAACACAACGAGCUAGAAAGGAGGCGGAAAGACAAGAUAUCAGCUGGAAUUCUUCGCCUGGGUGAGCUCCUUCCGGAGCGAGAUCCCCGACGGAUGGCAAAAGUGGACAUUCUAUGCCGAGCUUGCACAUACAUCACCUACCUGAGAGAUCUCAACGAGAGAAUUGUGGCUGAUAAAGUUUCUGCGGUUCAUGCUAUCAUGUUGAAGGAUAUGCGCAACCAGAUUCGCGACUUGGAGAAAGUCAAUUCGAACUAUAUGAGAUUGCUCCAGAAGUACGGCAUUUCUCUGUGUUCGGAGCCCAGCGCCGUCGCUAGCAUAUCGGACGCACGGAAAACAGCCCUCGAGAAGGAAUCCGUCAAGGACGGGGGCUCUGACAGAACGAACGCGAUCGAUUCUGUCCCAAAGGAGGGACAAGUAUCUUCGAACGUGUCGUCCACGACGGCACCGCUCACACCGAAACCCGAUACGAUGACCUUGAACUCUCUCGGCGUGAAUUCCCUCCCCUUGAAUGGUUUGCUCCAACCUCCUCUGAUGCAAUUGGGAACAGCGCAAGGCCAACCUAUUUUGAUGAUCAAUGAUCAGACGGGCACUGUCUUGACUCAGGCAUCGAACGUCAUCAUCCCCGCACAAACGCAGACGCAACCAAUAAUCAUAAAUGGACCGGGUGGUCCCCGGAUCGUGAACGCUGUGUCCAGUGCGACGGGAACAGAUCUCAUUCUGAGUAACGGUCAGGAAUUGCUGGUUCAGUCGGCGACGGAUCCUAAGGCCACAAUCGCCAUGGGUGGCCACCAGAUCCUCUCGUUGAGCGGUGCCAGCGGAACGAUAUUGCUGCCGUCCGCGAGUGGAGGGCUCGGACUGCCUAUCGUAUCCCAUACGACCUCAUCUUCCCACGGAUUCUCGUUCGUCAACACGGCCGCCAUGAAUCAGGCUCCGAUCCUACAAACGACAGCGAACGCCGCCGCCAGGAAACCCAUUCUGAGUUUGGCCACGAACUCCAACGGCAAGCCUGUAGUGACUCUAUCAACGUUGCUCAUCGAUAAUACAGCUGGAUCUCACGAUGCGUCCGCCGCUCCGGCCGCUCCCGCCCCCGUGACGAAUUUCCGGGAAAAACCCCAAACGAACACGAGCGUUGCCACGGAGGAAGAUCCUUCGAGGAAAUCUUCAGCGACACUUGUCGACGGGACUCAAACAGCGGUAAUCAACGCCAACACUAUCAAUACGGUCCACGCCGUGGCUGGGGAUAUCGCGAAGAAUGCCGGUCUCAAAAGGCCUGCGAGUACGCCGAGCGGCUCAUUUUUCCUGAUGGCCCAAUCGACGACCUCCUCGUCUCCCACAACAUCCCAGCCCACGGUUGUCAUGAGCAGCAUGGGCAGCAAGAAGCGGAAGACUUCCAGCUCGAACGGUAUCUCUUUCGAGUCUGAAGAGGAGAAGGAAGAAUCGCAGAUCGCCAACGCUUCGUCAACUGACAUAUUAGCGCAGGCUACGGAGAGUAUUUUCAAUUCACAACCUCAACUUCCGGGCCUGGCUUCGCCUCCGCCACCGCCUAAAACAACGGUCGCGUUCACCUCUCAUUGCAGCAAUCAGCGUCAGCCGACAGUCGCUUCUCAGGGCGCAAAUUUCUCAGCUCAGGUUCCGGCUCCGGAUAACACUCCGGAUGCAUUCCACUCAACUUCUCUCAGUCGCAACGUCAAGCAGCAACUACCUCAGCCCGAGCAGAAUCCUCCGAAAAGAGUGUCGGUGGUCGCAUCGAGCAACUUACCGACCGUUGCGGUCACGGCAGCGAUUCCGGGUCCCACGAGGCAGCCUCUCAAGGCGAAAACGGCCCAGCCCGCUCCUCCCAAAUCUUCAGCUACAAAUAUCGUUCCUGAAAGCAUUGUGAAGGAUUCUCAGCCAAAACAAGUCGUCCAGAUCUCAUCGCUCGAAAGUCCGAGAGUCCGGGUGGUGCACGCCAUGCAGACCACUGAUCGGGAGCAACGUCUCACCUCAACACCUAUACCCUCGACGAACAGUGUCGUGACGCUUCCGUCGAAAACUCCUGUUGGUAAAACACGCAUUUCUAGUUCGGUCGUCCCUCAAGAAAAGCGCGCUACCACCAUGAGUCACGCCAGUGCGAACGGUGCGGUCGACACGGGCACGACAGCGGCGACUGCUACAGCUGCUGCCGCUGCGACGAGCUCCACAUCUCCACCAACGUCUACGAUUGCGACGAGCGAGACGAAUACUAAAGACGAUGAACAGAAAAGAGCCGGUCCGAGAACCGUAGCGCAAGCCUUGAAAGCUGCGGCAGCAUCUUCGUCGUUAGCGGCAUCAUCGGCCUCUGCGUCGUCUUCGUCGUCGAGCUCGACGUCAACAUCAUUAGCUAUGCCCACGAACACUGUACCCACGACGAGUCACGCUCUGGGCAUCCCUCUGAUAUCGAACUCUAUCAAUGUGAACACUACUCGAGGCUCCAACGCGAACCCGCUGUAUGGCGUCCAGAUCCAAUCGGCUCCUCCCGUCUCUCUGAGCGGUUUGUCGAUGCCGACUCUGCAGUCGAGUGAUAGCCCGAAUUCGCCCCGUCUAAGGCUCCCGCCGAUGGACUAUCGACAGAGUCACGGCUUAACUAUUCCGCCCGCUCCAUCCCCUAUGCAAAAUCUGCAACAUCCGCCCAAAUCCCAGGAGCCAGAGAUGGCAACGAAGAGCAUAAACACACUCAACCAAACAUCCGAUAAACGACCAAACAGCAACGGGCCGAAAUGCAGUUCUCUCAGCAACGAGACCGGUUUCUCUAAAAGUAUUUCGCCCCCGUCGCGGAGCCCUCGGGGAGAAAUUCUUUCCCCGAUCCAGAGCCCCGACGUUAACCGAGCUCAGCAGCAUCAAACUCAACACUCACAGCAGCAGCAGCAGCAAGUGCAACAGCAGCAGCAGCAGCAACAAGUACAACAACAUCAACAACAGCAACACCAACAACAACAGCUAUGCAAUUAUUCUGCUGAAAGUCUCAUCGGACCUUCUAUAGUUCAGUGUUCGUUGAGAAAUUCGUCGAAUCAGCUGAACUCCCCAUACUCGACCGAGAGCCUCCUCCAAACGGGUGGGGCCGGUGACACGAUCACGCUUUCGUCCGCCGGUUCACCCACGUACAUUAACAAAAGAAUCGAUCACAUGAAUGGUAACGCACACUCCACAAAAUCCGUAGUAGCUCAGAGCAUGAACACUCCGUAUAACGUGAACUAUUCGACUCCGACCGAGAGACCCAUGUACCAUCAUAACAGUAGCAGCCAGUCGCUCCAUUCUACGUUACCACCGCCACCUUCGACAGCGACAGCUGCCACGGCCACGGCUUCGGCGCCUCAGCAGCAACAGCAAUCCCAACAGACGAGUAACUCGAACGUGCCAGCAGCUACAGCGACAACUUAUACGCCGUAUAAUUUGGACAGUUUCUGCAAUAACUCCUCUCUCAACUACACUUCUUCGAUCCAUCAUUCAUCGCAGAACAACAACAGUAACCAUCACAAUUUCGCGGGGGUCAAUAGUGGCAUGAACAACGAUUACUUUAUUCCGUCGCGAACAAACCCGACCCCGGAGUACGGUUCGAAUAGCCUUAUCCAGAGCAGUCCUGUGAGUCAACACAUCUACCAAAACUCCCACAGCGGAUUCCACUCCCAAGCGAGCUCAUCCCUCAGUAGCGAUUUCCCUCACCCUCCAUUGAAUCUUCACGACCACUCGACGGGAGUUCUCAUGAACAAUUUCGCACCGCCCGUGACCCCAGUCCCACCACAGUUCUUGCCGAGCGCGGAUAAGGGAAAUAAGCAAAUUUCGCCGGCGAAUAUUUUCGGGAUCUCUGUACCCACAUCGAAAUGCCCACCAUCGUCUAUCGCAGGUUACCCUUGCGACACGACGGACGUCGGUGGGGACAACGGAAGUAGCGGUGGCAACUGCAACAAUCCUGGCGGUAACAGCGGUAACAACAACAAGCCCGCUCAAAAAACCAGAUCGAGUCAAUCUUUGGAUAGCUACACGAUGAUGAGCUCGGAUUCGAGGUCGUCUUCGACACUGGGUGGCUACUUCGAUUUCGGUAUGGUCGGUUCAGCAUCUGCGAACGCUUUCAAUCAAUGCUCAUCUUCGUCGAGCGGACAGAAGCCCAGUCACCAGAACCGGAUGUGGCCGCCGAUGGCAACUUCAUCUCACGCAUUCUCCGACGGAGGCUAUUUGUUCAUGCCCGCUCGUUCCUCAUCGUCCGUGACCGCAGGUCACAGCAGGAGCACUCCUACAUGUCUGCCUGCCAGUGGAUAUCAUCAAUCCGUAUCGGAUACAACGAAUCGACAGCACGGUAGCAGCAGCAGUAGCAGCGGCAGCCAUUCGCAAACGAAUUUCAACUUAAGUAACAUAAUUCCUGAUAUUGGUUGUGGCCCCCAGAACAGCGGCAGUGUGCUCCCUGUACCGAACGGGCAAGUGGAUUCACUUUACGCUGGUCGCCCGCAUCCGCCGCCCGUGCCCCCGUCCCUCUCGAACUCAUUUCUAGCCCCUUCCCGGCAUUCGGGCUCAACGCCGAGGAGUGCGACGUUCGCACUUUUCGAUAAAGAUUUCGAUUCUCGUAACGUGACCGGUAUCGAUCGGGUUUCUCAACUGAACUUCUGAGCA